GCAGGGAAAAGCCUAGAGUUAGAAAAAAUGUGACCCCGCGACCUCGAACGCCGCCAGGCUCCUUUGCCUGCGCUCCACCUGCUCCUCAGCGCCCAGCUGCUAGCCGGCCAUGGCCAGCCCUGCGCCGUUAGUGGCUUCCAUCAGCCACCAAAUGGUGGCUCUGCAGACCCUGCAGCUACUACAGCAGGAGUGGGGAUGGGGUGACGGUCCUAGCGCCCCAGGGAGCCCGCGCGGCCCGGACCACGUGCCCAUCGCCCAGGCUCGUCGCUCAGGCCAGCUGCGGACCCGGAGGGGGCUGGGACGCGGGAGCACCGGAGCCCGGGGUUCCCCCGAGGCAGGCGGGCUGCGGGGCGCAGAAGGGGGCGCCGAGCUGCUGCCCUUCCCCCGGGACCGCGGGCCCUGUACCUUGGCGCGGAUGGCGAUGCGUAGCGCUCUGGCUCGCGUAGUGGACUCGACCUCGGAGCUGGUCAGCGUAGAGCAGACGCUCCUUGGGCCUCUCCAGCAGGAGCGGCCCUUCCCGGUCCACCUGAAGGAUAGCGUGGAAUUUAGAAACAUCUGCAGUCACUUGGCUCUACAGAUUGAAGGACAGCAGUUUGACAGAGACUUGAAUGCCGCUCACCAGUGUCUGAAAACCAUAGUGAAGAAGCUGAUCCAGUCACUUGCUAAUCUUCCAUCAGAUGCCCACGUGGUUGCCUGUGCUUCCUUGAGACAGAUCUUACAGAAUCUCCCAGAUGUAUGAGCACAAGAGGCAGCCAGACUACAGCUGGCCCUGCCAAGAAAACAGAAUCCUUCACCUUCUAAACAAUCAGCAGCGGUGGGUGUUUAUGUGGCCAAAAGAACUCGAUAGUUCAUGUCUAUGUCUGACCAAGAGCACCUGUAGCCUACAGCAUGAUAGCAUGUAGUAUGUAUAUUUUUAAAGUAGUAGUGUAUAUUUUUAAAGUAUAUUGACUUAUUGCUGACUUUCUGAAGUAUACUUCUUUGGGGAGCUAAUUGGACUAUAUAUAUGUAUAUAUUUAUUAGCCAUCUUAAGCCUUGGUUUUGAAUGAAUGAUAUUUAAAUCUAUAUUUGUAUUACUGUCAGCUAUAAGGCUUAAUAGGGACAUGUAUAGUAGAAAGAUUACAGAUCUUCAUGUGAUUUUGAGUAAACGGGACAUUUAGUAACGGACAUAAUCUGUUUACUGGGCACUUCAUUGUAGACAGUGACAGUGAUCUUUAGUUGUAGAACUAUGGGUGUCAGUCAUUGUGAGUCCAGCUCUGUCAUUAGUAAUUGACCACUGGGCAGGAAGAGCUGCUUCUAAACCUUGUAUUAUCACAUACUGCUCUGUACAUUUAAAAUGCUAAUGAUCUAUGGGGUACCAGCAUAUGUAAUAUGUAAGUACAAGUACAUGCUAUUAAAGUCUCAAUGUGGAA